UGUUGUUCCAAUGUCUAUCAAUGCUUAACGUUUGACCUUUUGGAAAACUGGACAUUUCAGGAUGUAAGAAUCGUGACCUCAGCAAUGAAUGAAUACAUGAAACCCUCCCUGACCUGUCAUAGAAGUCCUCUUACAAAACUGAGUUAAUCUAAAACCAACCUAUUUUGAUACAUCCUGUAUCUGCAAUUAUGACUGUCAUGACCUGACCCUUUAGUCUCCCUGAGAGCAGUCUAGUCAAUGAUAGUGGUGUGUGGUAUACCGGAUGAUUCCGCACUGGCCCCCACCUCCACACCCGCUUCUCUAAAUGGCUGAGGUUGAGAUAUAAAAGACUGUUGUGGAGUAAGGACUGGCCCCCACCUCCACACCCGCUUCUCUAAAUGGCUGAGGUUGAGAUAUAAAAGACUGUUGUGUAGUAAGGACGAUGGCAUACAGUCUUGUGGUUCCACCUGCAUCACAUUUUCACACUUCCACAGUGAGUGUUUCCUUUACAUUUUAAACUACUGCGCAGUCAACCAGCAUCAUUUGAUAUGGAUAUUCUAUUUUUAAGAGUAUACUGUAUGUGUGAUAACCUAUAAAAUAUUGGUAUUUUUUAUUGGUAUUUAUGUGCAGAGUUUCAAGAAAAGAUGAAAAUCAACCUUUUUUUGCAUUCUUCUUUCUUGCUCCAGCUACAGUGGCAGCUGAGAAGCAUGGCCUCCAGUAUUCUAAGCCGCCAUCUUGCUUCCUCUCUGAGACCCAGCCGUGGGUUGUCUGCUUCAGGACCCCCGCAUCAACAAACAACCGCUAAAAGAGUUGAGGAAGUUGAGUUUGAUGGUCCUUGUAUGAAGACGGAGGUUCCAGGUCCCAGAUCUAAGAUCCUAGCACAACAACUGGAGAGUAUUCAGAGUGUUGUCCAGGUGAACUUCUUCUGUGACUAUGAGGAGAGUAAAGGUAACUACCUGGUGGACGUGGAUGGGAACCGCAUGCUGGAUGUCUACACCCAGAUCGCAUCCAUACCCAUAGGAUACAAUCACCCGGCACUCACAAAAGUCAUGACGGAUCCGAAAAAUAUGGGAACGUUUGUCAACCGACCAGCUCUUGGGAUGAUGCCACCAGAGCAAUUCUCUGAGAAGCUUGUCAACAGCCUGAUGGCAGUGGCACCCAAGGGCUUCAGCCGGGUCCAGACCAUGGCCUGUGGAUCCUGCUCCAAUGAGAACGCCUACAAAGCCAUCUUCAUCUGGUACAGAAACAAGAUGAGAGGAACUCCGGAACCAACUCCAGAGGAAGUAAGAACUAGUGUCAUCAACCAGGUUCCUGGCUGCCCUGACCUGACUCUUCUGUCCUUCAUGGGCGGAUUUCACGGAAGAACUCUGGGCUGUCUGGCCACCACUCACACCAAGGCCAUACAGAAGCUAGACGUGCCGUCUUUUGACUGGCCCAUCGCCCCCUUCCCCCAGCUGAGGUACCCCCUGGACCAGUAGAGGGAGAACGCACGGGAGGAGGCACGCUGCCUGGAGGAGGCAGAGGACCUGAUAGUGAAGUGGAAUCAGAAGGGUCGGCACGUAGCGGGGGUGGUGAUCGAGCCAAUCCAGGCAGAGGGAGGGGAUAACCACGCCUCCUUCGACUUCUACAGGAAGCUCAGGGGAAUCACCAAGAAGCAUGGCUGUGCCUUCCUAGUGGAUGAGGUGCAGACAGGGGGUGGGUCUACGGGGAAAUUCUGGGCCCACGAGCACUGGGGAUUGGACGACCCUGCUGACAUCGUCUCCUUCAGCAAGAAGAUGCUGACAGGAGGAUACUACCAGAAAGAUAGCUUUCAGCCUGACAAGCCGUUCAGGAUCUUCAACACGUGGCUUGGAGACCACACUAAGAACCUGUUGCUGACUGAGGUCAUAAAGGUCAUCAAGACAGAGAACCUGCUGGACCAGGCCAAGAGGUCAGGCAAGGUCAUGCUGGAGGGACUCUACGACCUACAGGAUAAGUACCCCCACUUGCUCAGUAAAGCGAGGGGCAUCGGGACGUUCUGUGCCAUCGAUGUUAAGGAUGAAGACACACGGAACCUCCUCCUCCUCAAGGCCAGGAAUAAGGGUGUGGUUCUAGGGGGCUGUGGAACCCAAUCUAUCCGGUUCCGACCAGCUCUGGUGUUCACGGAACACCAUGCUCAUCUCUUCCUGGAUAUCUUUAAUGCCGCAAUCGCUGAGCUCAAGUAGAGUCUACACAGGAAUCCAAUGUGGCCCUGCUCAAACAGACCCAUACACUGUCAAUCUGCAGUGAAGAGGUUGACACUCCUCCAAUCAAUCAAAUGUUUUUACAAAGCCCUUUUUUACAUCAGCAGAUGUCACAAAGUGCUUUUACAGAAAUCCAGCCAACAACUCAAAACAGCAAGCAAUGCAGAUGUAGAAGCACGGUGGCUAGGAAAAGCUCCCUAGAAAGGCCAGAACCUAGGAGGAAACCUAGAGGGGAACCAGGCUCUGAGGGGUGGCCAGUCCUCUUCUGGCUGUGCUGGGUGGAGAUGAAGGGUAUAUGGCCAUUAAGGCCAGAUGGUUCAUCAAGAUCUUCAUAGACGACCAUCAGGGUAUACACUCCUGUAUUUUACUGUACAUUAUUUCACUCCAACUCUUUAAGAAAAUGAUUUCCAUAAAUGACUGUGGGAUGAUUGAUUGCAAUGGACUUUCUGAAGGUCAAAUAACUGUAGACAUUUUCUGUAUAGUGUUUUGUGUACUGUACCUUAAAAUAAA